UUUUCAUGUCGGAAUUCAAAAACCGUCGUCGAUGAUUGGACAUGAGUAGCGAAGAGUACCCGUCUCCUAGAAGAUCAAUCGUUCCUGUGAGUUCAGCUUCGAAAAAAGAAGACAUGGCAGCCGAUGCACAAGGCUCAGAAGCUUGUCAAAAUCAGACGGAAGAAUUAGAUGCUCGAUAUCAUGAUGCAGUUCGCGGAUCUCCUUUGCCCAACAAGCCCGCUGUCAUCGCAAUGCGAAACAGCGAGAUAGAUUUUCGAGUUAUCCACAACGAUGGGGCUACAGAUAGUAUGGUAGCUCUUGAUUGUCUCAAGCGCCUUUUCCAGUUUCAGCUUCCCGAAAUGCCAAAAGACUACAUCUCACGGCUCGUUUACGAUCCUUCUUGUCUUUCUAUCACCAUCGUCAAGAAAACUGGAGGGUUCAUUGGCGGUAUAACAAUCCGGCAGCUUCAGGCACGCCAUGUCGCGCAGAUCGUCUUUUGCGCCGUAUCAUCUGCUGAGCAGGUGAAAGGCUAUGGUGCCGCUCUCAUGGACCAUCUCAAACACCAUAUCAAGGCUACUUCAUCAGUCACGCAUCUAUUGGUGUAUGCUGAUAAUUAUUAUGUGGGAUUCUUUCAGAAACAAGGAUUUACAAAGAGUGUAUCUCCGGAUCAGUCUGCUUGUAUGGAGUGUGUCAAGGGCUACGAAGGAGUAACCCUGAUGCAGUAUGCUAUAGGGACAGGGCUUGACGGCCGUCAGUACGAACUUUUGAGGGCUAAUAAAUGGAAACUUAAAUUAAGUGAAUGGAAGAUCUAGAGCCUGAAUCAUGAUGGCAGAACAUUGAUAAGCUUAGAAGAUUGUAGGUUGAACUUGGUGGUCUCAUGAAGUAGUCUGUCUUUUCCCCCUCACUUAGUAGCUACCUAAUUCUUU